CUGGCCGAUUGGAGCUGCUCAGAUUUACAACAACUUAAACAAACAGUCAACAGUCCUGACUUUUGGCAAAAUACCACCGUCUGCAAACAGAUGAGGGAAAGCCCGCGUUUGCACUGAUGCAUUCGGCUACCACAUCUCUAACUUUGCAGUGUUUUUAGUCCGCGCAUAACCAAGAUCAUCUGUCUGGAGUCGAUAUUGCUGCUCCUGUAACGGACCGACCCACGCUUCUUAAUCACAUUUCACAGCAUGCCAUGUUGAUAAGCAUCUGAUACUUUGAUGGGGCUCCUGAGGAUCAUGAUGCCACCCAAGUUCCAGCUCCUGGCUGUUCUGGCAUUUGGAGUGGCGAUGCUUUUUAUUGAGAACCAGAUUCAGAAGCUGGACGAGUCUCGGGCAAAGCUGGAACGCACCAUAGCCAGACACGAGGUGCGAGAGGUGGAACAGAGACAGACACGGGACAGCCUACGGGACUCUCCGGCAUUGGCUGAGAGUGACGAUCUGGUCAUCAUCUAUAACCGUGUGCCCAAGACUGCCAGCACCUCCUUCACCAACAUUGCAUAUGACCUUUGCGGAAAGAACCACUUUCAUGUUCUCCACAUCAACACCACCAAGAACAACCCAGUCAUGUCACUACAGGACCAGAUGAGGUUUGUAAGGAAUGUGACAUCCUGGCGGGAAAUGAAACCAGGUUUCUACCACGGCCAUGUCGCCUACCUGGACUUUUCAAAGUUUGGGGUUAAGGGUAAGCUAGUUUAUAUCAACAUCAUACGGGACCCCAUUGAGAGGUUGGUGUCAUACUACUACUUUCUGCGGUUUGGAGAUGAUUACCGACCCGGUCUCAGACGGAGAAAGCAGGGGGACAAAAAGACGUUUGAUGAGUGUGUGUCAUCCGGAGGUUCUGAUUGCGCACCUGAGAAGCUAUGGUUACAGAUCCCGUUCUUCUGUGGCCAUUACUCUGAGUGCUGGAAUGUUGGAAGCAGGUGGGCUCUAGAGCAGGCCAAGUAUAAUUUGGUGAAUGAGUAUCUGCUGGUGGGAGUAACAGAGGAGCUGGAGGAUUUUAUAAUGAUGCUUGAGGCAGCGCUGCCACGGUUCUUCAGAGGAGCAACAGAACUCUACCGCACAGGUAAGAAGUCUCACUUGAGGAAAACGAGUGAGAAGAAACCUCCAGCUAAAGAGUCCAUCUCAAAACUGCAGCAGUCAAACAUAUGGAAGAUGGAGAACGAGUUCUACGAGUUUGCCCUGGAGCAGUUUCAGUUUGUGCGUGCUCACAGUGUUAGGGAAAAAGACGGAGAACUCUACCUGCUGGCACAGAACUACUUUUACGAGAAGAUCUAUCCAAAAGUAAACUAGAGCAAGUAGAUGUUGAGUAAUAUUGCUUAUAAUAUUAUAAGCUUGUGUCCUUUGGCUUGUUUAAGUACUGUUCAGUCACAUGUUCUGGGAAAAGAAGAACACGGACACAAAUGUCGCAGUGCAGACAUUGAGACACUGUAUCAACCAGCAACUUUGAGACCGGAAUCGUUUUAUGGACUUCCAGACAACAGUGAUGGCACUUCUGAUGUCAACUUGAAAACAAAAUGAAAGACAAAAAUGAGUUUGAUUUCAUUAUGCCUUCCAAAAGAAAAUGUCAGCAAAUGUUUGGCCAUCUGUCACUGUUGUGAAAGGUACAUUUCGAACAGGGUACUGCUUUUUGUACCAGACAUUUGGUACAUUAGGAGCACUUCCUUAUUUUACUACUAACUGAUGUUUUGUGGAUUUAUAACACUUUCUGCAUUGUGUAUAUUCAUUUUUAAUAGAAUGCCAUGAACAGUGUUUACAGACUUAAGUAAAGGUAUUGAAGCCAGAGGAUAAAAAGUGGUCAAAAUUGUAUUUACAGAUAUAUUUUAUGUAAUUGGACCAAAUGGUUGUAAGAAUUUCAGAUGUGUUUAGUUUAAACUUAAUGAGAUAGAACAUAGACAUUGUUUGGGGGAUCUUUUUUUUUCUUUUCUAUUGCUCUUUUUCAUCCCAGUUCCCAGGUAAAAUAUUCUAAAAAGUAACAGAAAAGAAGUUACACUGACCUCUGAGAUGAACUGUCAAGCCAUUUAACAGACCAUGUUUAACAGUUCAAAUAAACAAAACACAGUUUGAGUAGCAGUCCUUCAUCAUGAUUUUAUCUGCUACUGCAAGUGUGAGGCAGAUUUAGAAAUCUAAAUAACAUGGUAGGUUCCUUGAGCAGUAACUACUGGUAUCAUCUUGUAGCUCAGUAUAAGCUCAAGGUAACUUGGUCUCUACAGACCACUGCCCCCUCAGCAUUCAUAAAUACAGGUUUGCUGUGGUGUGUUUUACCAGAAGACCUGGGAGGAAGUCAUCUCUAUAUCUGUCUUUGUCUCUGAAUGUCAUUUAGGUCACAGGGUUCAGUUGUGAAUGAAAAGAUCAAGGCUUAAACCAACAUUAGUUUUACACUCAAUAGUGCCUUCAUAAAUAACCUUUCAUCACAUGCCCUGGUUUUAGCAAUUGUUCAUGUAUUGUUUCAAACUAUGUCUGUACUUUAAGUUUGUUUUUUUAAACUGCCAGAUAUCUUUUUUAUUUGGGUUGUUCCAUUUGUUUAAAUAUGUAUAUAUGCACACACACACACACACACACAUUGACAGCCAAAAGUUUGGAAUAAUUUGUACAUUUAAUUCACCAAAGUGGAAUUCAACUGAUGACAAAGUAUAGUAUAGUAUCCAAAAUAUAGGACAUUACUGAUGUAAAAACAACAGCACCAUCACUAUUUUUGUUUUAUAUCAAAUCUAGAUAGGCUCCAUUUCCAGCAACCAUCACUCCAAUACCUUAUCCUUGAGUAAUCAUGCUAAAUUGCUAAUUUGGUACUAGAAAAUAACUUGCCGUUAUAUCAAACACUGCUGAAACCUAUUUGGUUUGUUAAAUGAAGCUUUACAUUGUGUUUGAGUUCCCACAGUAUGCAAUAGACUGGCAUAUCUUAAGGUCCAUAUUAGGUCAAUAACGGGUAGGGAACCUAUGGCUCGUGAGCCACAAGUGGCUCUUUGUUAAAAAUCAAGUGGCUCGCCGGGUGUCUCACCAUUUACCAACAUAUUUCAAACUUUCUAGAGAUAAUUUUCCAACAGAAAGUGUGGGUGUGAUUGCAAAGCUUGAAGUCAAUAACAGUUUUGAUUUCCUUUAAUCUAAAUUUGUCAUAUAGCUAAAUCAUGCGCUUGAAGAAACCCAUUCUAUUAUAUUUUUAAGAACAGUCAAAAGAAAAGCUGUCAGUGCUGGAGACUGAAUUGCUGUUUGGCAAGCAACGGGAAACUGUCUCGUGGAGCAAGCACAUCUAAAGAGUUAUUAUUUGUUUUUCUCUGUUUCAUUCAACUGAAAACUGUUUGGAAGAAUAAUGUAAUCUAUGAGAAUGCAGCAAAUGAUCUCUGAUCAUCUCGUGAGGAAUUGCGAGUUUAGUUCGCUCUUACACAUUGUGAAUGUGACACUGCAGGUUUCAGUAAUAUAUAAGGUAUGUUUAUAUUAAAGAAACAAAGAUGAAAGUGAUUCAAAUAUAAAAUAAUUCAAGACACGUUCACAUUGAACCUAAAAUUGAUUUCUAUUUUCUUUUCUUUAGGGAGCAUAAGCUGUAUUACCAAAAUGCAAUAAAACACAAUUGGCUGCAUUUUUGGGAACACACAGGAAUUUAUUAGGCUUAUUUAUUAUGAUGAUUAUUAUAAAUAUAUUUACAGUUAUACUUGUCUUUAGUUCUUAAUUUGUAUGCUAUUAGUAAUUUUUCACCUGGUGUUGUUGACUGAUACUUGCUUGAUGGCAAAUGGGUCGUUGGAGAUGGUGAAUGUUUGUAUUUGGGGAGGUGGUUAUACGUUUCUUUGAUAACUUUGUUAUUUUAUUGCUUUUUUCAUUUCAUUUAAAGUGCAAUUUGAAUUUAUAAAUGUCUUGGGUUUAAGUUUUACGUGUUUCAAUAAGUAAAUUUUUUAACCAAAAUCAAUCAAGCAAAAAUAUUCAUCAUAUAAUCGGAUAUCCCAAUAUUUUAAAUGCGAUUAUCAUUCAAAUAUUUUUUACAUAUCACCCAGCCCAAACGCGAAGUAACAUUUUUCAUGAAGAAUUGUAAAUUCAUUUUAUGGAGACCCGCACAAAUAUGUGUACUCAAUUCCAUAUUGGAACAUAUUACCUAUAAAUGUUUGCAUAUUUGUUUGUUUUUGAGUAGUCUGCGGGCAAUAUAAACGUCGUUUUUGAAAAUAGUCAAUUAUUCGUUUGUGGUAUGUCUCUUUCGAAAAAAUGCAUCAACCAAUUUUUUUUUUAAAUUGGCUACUUAGUGAAAAAAGGUUAUCGACCUCUGCUCUAGAAACUCAUCACUCAAUCUUUAGCAAGGCCAGAAAGAGAUGUGGAAGGCCCAGUUUCAUGUACAACAGUAAAGAGAAGACUCAGGGGCGCAGACCUUAAGGGAAGAAUUGCAAAGAAAAAGCCUAUUUUGAAACAGAAAAACAAAAAGAAAAGGUUAGAGUGGGCAAAGAAACACAGACAUUGGGCAACAGAUAAUUGGAAAAGAGUGUAGUGGAUCUUAACCCCAUUGAGCUUUUUGUGGGAUCAGCUAGACUGUAAGGUGCGUGAAAAGUGCCUGACAAGACAGCCACAUAUGUGACAAGUACUACAGGAAUUAUAUAGACAAACUGACAGCGAGAAUGCCAAUGAUUUGCAAAGCUUUCAUUGCUGCACGUGGAUAAUUUUUUGAUGAGAACUCCUUGAAGUAGUUUAAGAAGUCUAUUUGUAAGUAAUUUUUCACGUUAUUAAUGUACUGACUAUAUUUUGUGAUCAGUUGAAUGCCACUUUGGUGAAUUAAAGUACAAAUUUCUUUCCAUAAGAACAAAACCUGUACAUUAUUCCAAGCUUUUGGCCGCCUGUGUGUGUGUGUGUGUGUGUGUGUGUGUGUGUGUGUGUGUGUGUGUGUGUGUGUGUGUGUGUGUGUGUGUGUGUGUGUGUGUGUGUGUGUGUGUGUGUGUAUGUAUGUACAUA